AUGAAGAAAACUAAACCUAAUUCACUUUUUUCUCCUGCCAAAUGGGAUAAUGAUGUCAUACAAGAAAGUGGUUUAUCAACAGAACCAAGUGUAAAGUGCAAAUUAUUAGAAAGAAUUAAAAGCAAAUACACACCAGCAAAUGCAAAUACUUCUAAAGAUAAAACACCUAAAACUCGGUUAGACAUGGCCGAAGACUCGUUUAUAAUAAACACGAACAAUUUAUCUUCAUCAAAACGCAGAAGACGUCAAAUGAAAAAACUUAAAAGGUUAGAAAAUACUAAAACGGGUGUCAAAAGUAAUGAUAAAGUUAAAGACCAGAAAGAUGAACGAACUUUAAGAAAGCUGAAAAAAAUAUUGCAUCAAACAGACUCUCCUGCUAAAGAGGAUCAGCAAAUGUCGUUUCGUGAAAAACUUUGGGAGAAACUUAAAGGAUCACGAUUUCGAUAUCUUAAUGAACAAAUGUAUACAUCAAAAGGAAAUGAUACACAAAAAAUGUUUCAAAAAGACCCUAGUGCUUUCGAGGCUUACCAUGAAGGAUUUAGGCAUCAAGUUUUGAAAUGGCCACUAAAUCCACUUGAUAAAAUAAUCAAUGAAGUUAACCAAAUGCCUUCUUCAUACGUUAUUGCUGAUUUUGGUUGUGGCGAGGCAAAAUUAGCAUCAUCUGUUCCUCAAACGGUUAAAUCUUUUGAUUUAGUAGCAUUGAAUGAGAAUGUGAUAGCUUGCGAUAUGGCAAAUGUCCCAUUGAAGUCUAGUUCAGUAGAUGUAGUUGUCUUCUGUCUGUCUUUAAUGGGUGUAAAUAUUAAAGAUUAUUUGUUGGAAGCUUCAAGAGUUUUAAAGAUUGGAGGUACAGUGAAAAUUGCUGAAGUGUCUAGUCGAUUUACUGAUGUAAAUAAUUUUAUAAAGUUGGUUACAAAGUAUGGGUACAAAUUAUUGAGUAAGAACUUAUCCCAUGAUAUGUUCUAUUUUAUGGAUUUCAAAAAGGUUUCAGUUCCUAACAAAUCAAAGGUACCAAUAAUAGAAUUAAAGUCAUGCAUGUAUAAAAAACGAUAA